AUGGCACAAAACAAUGGAUACGGAGGGGCUGGGAAAAAACCGCUCGGCCCCGAAGCCUCGGGCAGAGCCGGGGCGGAGGGGCGGGGAGUUGAGACUACUUUUGCUCGGUCCCCGCCAGCCAGCGCCACCUCGCCAGCAGCGCGUUCCCCCCGGGCGGGCGGCCUCCGUCGGCCACAACGCGCUUCCCUUCUCGCAGCAACACACCCAGAGCGAGCCGACUCACCAGCCCUCGGGGUCUCGGCCGGAGCAGAGCUCCAGGGCGCCGCGGAGCGCGAGGAGGGGCAGAGAGCCCGCCCGCCAGCAGACCGCGCCGCGCCCCGGUCCCCGCCCGCCCGGCCUCCCGGCAGCCUGGCCGCAGGAGCCGAACCGGACCCUCGGCGGCGCCCUCCCCCUGGCCGUCCCGCAGCCCGCGCGCCGCAGGCCCGGCCCCGCGCGGUGAGAGCCCGCGCUCAGCUCCCAGCGCCGGGCUGCCGCUCUGCGCGCGGCCGGCUCCCAGGGCCCGGCGAGCCGGCGACAGCUCCCAGGAAGGCGGCGGCGGGCGCCUCCCAGGGCCCCGGCCCCGCGGGCCUCGCCCCGGCCGCGCCGGCUCGCGCUGUCAGGGCAAGCGGGGACUCCCCCUGCCGCCAGCCAUCCCGCCGUCCGACAGGCAGGAAGAGCCGACCGACAGCCGCCCUCAGCUUCGCCGGCCCAGGUUACCGUCACGAGCCCCGACUCCGCCAUCCCGUUCGCCUCCUUCCUCCUCCUCCUCUUCUUCAGGAGCGACGCUGCCCAACCGCCGCCCCCCGGCCGCCCCUCCCCCACUCGCCCCGCCCCUCCACACACUCCGGCUCGACCGCCCCGCCCCACCCCUCCGGCGCGGGCCGGCCACUCGCUGGGAAAGAAAAGCAGGCGGAGCCAGGCCCUGCGAAGCUGCCCAAUCACAGUGAGGCACUGGUGCCAGCUUCCUUCUCUCCGCCCUCUUCCUCUCCUCCGCAGCUCUACGCGGUCUCCCGCCCACUAGGCGCAGCUGGCUGGCCGGGCCACUGA